AUGCGGGCUGUCUUUCUUUUUCUUCUACCUACUCUCGUUGGCCCCGUGUUGUCAUUCACACCAUGUCCACUCCUCGGCCCUUCCUACCCCCCUUACACACUCAACAACAACGACUCUACUCUGGCCGAAACUUUGAAGGUCCUAGAAAAUAACUUCACAGAUCUUGUUACCACGUAUAACGGUCCCGCUGGUGGCAUUUCACCAAACACCUCCUUCAGCAUCGCGCUUUUUUCGUCCAACGAGGGAACUGCUGGAGCCGAGCCUUCCUUCUGGGAAUUUGAUUAUACUUCGCCAGCCCUGGCAAAGUCGUCUCCGGGCUCCAAGAAUGUUUCUCAGGGCAGUAUAUAUGGAAUUGGAGGCUUGACUGAGGUCUUCACUGUAUGGAGUCUGCUCAUCGCAGACGGAGAUAUCCUGGAAGACCGCGUCACGAAGUAUUUUCCGGAAUUGUCCAAUGCUUCGAUUAAUUCGACCGACCCUGUUAGCCAUGUCCAAUGGGAUGAGAUCAUGAUUGGCCAUCUUGCUAGCCAUAUGAGCGGACUUCCUCGGGACUACUGUCCAAACGAUUUGAUCAGCCAAGGUCCAACCGGGGCAGGCUUACCAGAACACCAAAAGCCCCUCCCAACUUGCUGUGGAAGUGAUGAUAAGUGCAGGAAUGAAGGUUUCAUCAAGCAACUCGCUUCAGUCACCCCUGUUGCCCCAGCCGGGUAUACACCGCUGUACUCGAACACAGCAUUUCAGCUACUGGGAUACUUGCUCGAAAGACGCGGCGGAAAACCCUUCCAAGAGAUUCUUCAAGCGCAAAUACUCGACAAGCUCGGUUUGAACGAAACUACCGUAUUUGCGCCUGUGGAUUCAUCUCAAGGCGUUAUUCCGGUGAGCAAAGAAGCAAGUGGAUGGUCUACUCGUAAGCAGGAUCGGACAGCGUCCAUGUUCUCCAGCGCAAAAGACCUUUCUGUUGUCGGACAAGCGAUUCUCGAUUCGCGCCUCCUUUCCCCAGCUCAGACACGCCGCUGGCUCAAGCCCGUGUCUCUCACAUCCAACCCAGCCAACUCCAUGAGCACCCCGUGGGGUAUCUACAGCGUGACCAGCAAUUACAAUGAUACCGGAUUCAUGGUGGAGAUCUUCAAUAUACUCAGCAAUGAAGGGAAUGGCGAUGGUCUCUACAGCUCUUACCUUGGCCUAGUGCCAUCCUAUGGCGUUGGAUUCGCCAUUCUAUCCGCUGACACCGAGUCUCCUGCCGAUUUGAACGCACACGCGGAUUACUUGUCGAGUGUCAUCAAGGGCCUCACCAGUAUUGCGAUUAGCCAGGCCGCCGAAAACUUCGGCGGGGCCUACGCCAACUUGACGGGUGACUUCAACUCCUCUAUUACCGUUGGCGUCGAUGAGCUGCCUGGCUUGUUCGUGAAUGAAUUCGUUAGCAACGGUGUUGAUUUCAGAAACACCCUGGCCGAACUCCUGAAUAUCCAUAACGGGACGGACCGGAGUAACUCCAAGCAGGCAUUCAGAGCUGUUUAUCAGGAUAAGACCGCCUUUGCGGAUGCUGGAACUGCCACCUGUAUCUCGUGGAUGGAUGUCGAAAGGCUUCAGUAUAACGGCCAUGGCUUGGAUGAGUUUACCUUCGCAUUGAAUACUGACGGCAAGGCUGUUGGUGUUGAAAUCCCGGCCUUGGGAUUGACUCUGGGCAAACAAAAGUAA